UUAUUAUUUCUUAUUUAUUGGUAGGCUAAAUUGCAAAAGUGAAUAAGGCGUAAUGUAAUAACACGAAGUAUUUUUUUUUUUUUUUUAAGUUUAGAUGGUAUCUCGGUCUGAGUGGCAUAAAAUUACAGACAUGCGCACAGCCGGAGUCGAUUUACCGACUCCGGCAUACAAAAGUCUCCGCAAUUCCGCUUUUCCUACUCACACGACCGCUGGAAUCCCCACGGCGCUGGCACGUCUGUUAUUCAGUCCACAAUAAGUUUAAAUUUGAUCAAUUCGUUCAAGUGUUUUGUUUGAAUGGUGUGAAAAAUAUAACUGUCGCUCGUAUUAUAUUGACAGCCGGAUUGCUGUGGUUCAAAAUGGAACGGCGGAUGACAUUAAGUGGCCAUGUUCCGUCUUUAUCUCUCAUUCCGUUGGGGACCUGUCAUAGCGGCAAGUACUACAUCGACGGCGAAUGUCUGGUUCAUCUUGAAGAGAUCAAUAUCAAGUUGGAAAACGAGGAUCCCAUUACUCGCCCACUUCGGUGCGCCCUCGCAUUCCUGGACAUUCUCAACAAGGAUCUACCUAAUCCCGAUUCUUAUUAACAGCCAGGAUCAGCCCAGCAUUUUGAAUUCAACAAUCAAAUUAUUGGCUGAGCUAACUACACCCCUAGAAUGCCUGGGAAUGGUCGGCGUAGAGACUCGGUCCAAUCAGAGCAGCACGGUAACACAACCAGUUGACAUCUACAAACUGAGCUCUACAACGCCAAGGAAUCCUUUCUGGAUGGUGGGGCCAUGCCAGCCGUUCUCAGUCACGUUCGCCACACCUUAGAAAAGCAGGAGCCGUUGUCGAGCGAUUAUAGCAUUUCGGUGAAUCAUUCCCUGUUACUCGUACGAAACAUCCUGAACGCUUCCGAACGAUCUACUCAGAUGGCGGACAUAGUCUUUGAUAUUGGCGAACGACAGGAUCAACAGCAGGACCAACUGGUGCGAAUAUUAUUGACCCAGGGACUGGAUCGUCUCCUCAUCAGCUUACUGGCCUGCGCCCACAAGGAAAGAUUUUGGAUCAAGUCUUUACCAGAACUACACUUUGUUGAAGAAAUUAAAGAUUGGGAACCGUUGGGAACACCAACACCGCGAGGAAAGGUGGUACCACUAAAGCAAACUGCUAAAACUCUGACAUUGCACCUCCAUAAUGGGCAAUUCGUAAAACGUGGUGGUACGUUUUUCUGGUUUUUCUAUGGGAAUUUCCACGGAUCGGAGUUCAAAAAUUGUGUAGUCCGCUCCGCAAUUCAAAAAGAAGUUCGUAAAGUGUUUCCUAAUGCAGACGCCGAAUUUGAUAUGAAUGUUCAAUUAUGGUUCGACAACCAACCAUCUUCAUCAGUAGUCAGAAACACCGAAGCUCAAAGAGCUGUACUACGCAGAUGUAUCAUCUGUGUCUAAUUUUUUCUUUAUCUCUUCCACAGCGUGAACGAGGCCGUUUUAGAUAAUGCUGAUAAAGAUGGCCUGAUGAACCUCCACAACAACCGAGUCGGUCGAAAGGCUCUUCACAAAUUGAUGCGGCACCAAUGCAAAUGCCACGGAGUGUCGGGUGCCUGCAACGUCCGCACUUGCUGGACGACACUUCCGGAAUUCCGCGAAGUCGGCGCUUACCUGAAGGAGAAAUACGACGCCUCGCUGGAGGUCAGCUCCGACCCGUCGGGCACGACGCUCAUCACGGCCGACCAUCUCAACGACAACCGCAAGAGUCUCAAGACCAAUCCGCCGCAAGUUCACGAUCUCGUCUACCUGGAACACUCGUCCGAUUACUGCUCCUUUGAUCCGCUCACUGGUUCGAUCGGGACGGCCGGAAGACCGUGCAAUAAAACAUCGAAAGGAAUUGACGGAUGCGAUUUGCUGUGCUGCGGGCGUGGUUACGACACGAGGCGAGUGCUGGUGUCGACGCCGUGCAAUUGCACGUUCAAGUGGUGCUGCUCGGUCGAGUGCAAGACGUGCACCCAGUGGAAGGACGAGCACUUUUGCAAGCCGCUGCAGUCGUUCGAACUCAACAAAUUCAACGCCACCAAACAGCAGCAGCAGCAGAAUCAGAAGAAGAAAUGACACAACCGACCGACAUUUUUUGAAAAUUUUGACUAGACAAAAAACAAAAGAAUAAUUUCCAGAUAUUAUUAUGUUAUUAUGAAGUAUUUCUUCCUUUUUUUUUUACCUUUGUCUCGGUGAGCGCAUUGAUGU